CCUCGACUCCCUAGCACCUCUGCGAUAUGGUCCUACUUGCCGCCUCCGUCUGUACUCGUGGCGGGAAGCCCGUCAUCUCCCGUCAAUUCAAAGAGAUGUCACGAUCGCGAGUCGAGAGUCUCCUCUCCUCGUUCCCAAAGCUUCUACCAACCGGGUCACAGCAUACUACAAUCGAGACCGAGCAUGUGAGAUACGUGUACCAGCCUUUAGAAGAUCUCUACAUGAUACUCAUCACCAACAAGAGCUCGAACAUCUUGCAAGACAUUGAUACUCUGCACCUCUUCGCCAGGGUAGUGAGCGACCUCUGCAGAUCUCUGGAUGAAAGGGACAUCCUUCGCAACAGCUUCGAGCUCCUCGGAGCUUUCGACGAGAUUGUCAGUUUCGGCUAUCGCGAGAAUGUUAGUCUUCCUCAAGUCAGAACUAUUCUAGAGAUGGACAGUCACGAAGAGAAAAUCCAGGAGAUCAUUGAGAGGAACAAGGAGCUGGAAGCCAAGGAGGAGCUAAAGAGGAGGGCAAAGCAGCUCGAGGUUCAGAGGAGAGACGCUACAAGGAGGGGCCCAGUCGGCAAUCCUUCUUACGGUGGUAUGGGAAGCAUGGGUUCUUCAGGCUAUUCUGCUCUCUCGAGAGGCUACGAGUCGCCCACUGUUGCGGCGCCAGUUGUGCGAGAUACAGGUGCAGAUGCUGCCCCAGCGUUGAGACCCUUUAAGGGAAAAGGUAUGCAGCUUGGUAAGAAGGCUCGAGGUACGGACCUGCUCGGGGCACUGACUCCCGAAUCCGCCAGCCGGGAGGAAGCUGCAGCCGCCCCCUCCCAUCGUCUCGCGCGUUCCUCAGCCGCCGCCUCAAAUGCUGUGCCUACUGCUCCUCUCGAUUCUCUUCCUCCUGUGCAAGAGGAGGCAAUCCAUGUGACUAUCAAGGAGCGUGUCUCCAUUGCGGCCACGCGCGACGGCUCCCUAUCUUCUUUAGAGGUGAAGGGAGACUUGGAGCUCAAGAUCACCGACCCAGCCUUCGCCAAAGUACGACUGCAGCUCUCGGAGCCUUCUAGCUCCUCCUACCUUGCUGACGCUGGCGAGCUUCAAUACAAGACUCACCCACACGUUGAUAAAGCUGUGUGGAGUGCAUCCAGACUCAUUACGCUCAAGGAUGUCAAUCGCCCUUUUCCCGUCAAUCAGAACCUCGGUGUCCUCAGAUGGCGUCUUACAUCAAAGGACGAAAGUCUGGUGCCCCUGAGCAUCUCAUGCUGGCCUUCAGUCAGCGGCGACGGGACGGGAGAGGUCAAUGUCGAAUUCGAGCUGGAAGCCAAAGAUUUAGUGAUGCGGAACGUGGUCAUCGCUAUCCCCUUGCCAGAGGGAGCUGGGCAGGACCUCACCGCCGAGGCUGCUGUCGGGGGGUACAGUGUGGACGAAGAGAGCGGGUUGCUCCUUUGGACGAUAGAUCAGGUUGAUGCUGCCAAUUCGAGUGGCAGUCUUGAAUUCACUGUCAGCCAGGGUGCGGAAGCGGCCGACGUUUUCUUUCCUGUCAACGUGAAUUUUGUCAGCGAGCAGACGCUCAGUGCAACGAAGGUCGAGAGCAUCUCUUCCGCAAGUGGGGACACUGUGUCCUGGUCAUCACAGCAGGUUUUGUCGGCAGACAGCUAUUCGGUCACUUGAGUAAGCUUUGGUUCGAGGUGCUGUGGCUUUGUGAUCAGCUAGGGACCCAUCAGCUUCCUUCGAGUCCUGUAAAUGAGAAAUACAUUGCUGCUUCGAUGGUACGUUCUUUGCUUCCUUUGGCGAAAGCGUGCCCUCUGGGAUCUGCAAGUCAGGUAGUGGCUGACCGUCUCUUGGGAUCGGCGGUGGAGUUGCAGCAACGAUAAGCAGGUUCCGACAUCUGCUACGUUCCUUGAGACGGACAAGUGCUCGACAGCGGCUGCACUACGGGACGAAGGUGGUGUGUGUCCAGACGGUCGCUCAGUCCCCCCUCGGCCGCUUUACGUCUUCAGAGCUGAAGCUUUUACUACUCGGCCCGACGCCAGGCGCCGUCUACUCGUGCUUC